GGCGUGGCCUACAGCCUACCGCCUCGCCAUUUUCCUCCUGUGUUGUUGUUAGCUUGCUGGCUAAGCUGACUGUCAGCCCGGUUUCUGCAGUUAAACGAGUCAGUGCAUGAUUUAAAUCCAACAGGUGUGUUAUUGUAGCGGUUCCCAACGUCCCUGCUUUCCCCGUCACCAUGGACGAGGAAUAUUACAGCGGUUCCGGAGACUGGGAAGGCACGGAGGGUAACAUGGAGGAUGGUUACGGUGAAGGAGAAAAUGAUGGGAAAAUCCAGGAAGCUUGCCUGGAGAAAUUCUCCAGUAGGGAUUACAUCAUGGAGCCUGCUAUCUUCAGCACCCUCAAAACGUAUUUUCAAGCAGGUGGCUCUCCAGAACAUGUCAUCCAGCUUCUCUCUGAAAAUUACUCUGCCGUGGCUCAGACUGUUAAUCUGCUGGCUGAGUGGCUCAUCCAGAUGGGUGUUGAGCCUGCACAAGUCCAAGAACGAGUAGAAAAUCACCUCAAGAGUCUUCUGAUAAAACACUUUGACCCCCAGAAAGCUGAUUCCAUCUUCACCGUUGAGGGAGAGACUCCUGCUUGGCUCGAGCAGAUGAUAGCACACACAACGUGGAGAGAUCUCUUCUAUAAGCUGGCGGAGGCUCACCCAGAUUGCCUGAUGCUCAACUUCACUGUAAAGCUUAUUUCAGACGCAGGUUACCAGGGCGAGAUCACCAGCGUGUCCACAGCCUGCCAACAGCUGGAAGUUUUCUCUCGGGUGUUGAGAACAUCUUUGGCCGCGCUGCUAGACGGAGGAGAAGAAAACCUGGAGAAGAACCUGCCCGAAUUUGCUAAAAUGGUGUGUCACGGCGAGCACACCUACCUCUUUGCCCAGGCGAUGAUGUCCAUCCUCGCUCAGGAGGAACAGGGAGGUUCAGCUGUCCGCAGGAUCGGCCAGGAGGUGCAAAAGUCUGCACAUGAGAGAGGUCACGAUGCCAGUCAGAUAACCCUUGCGCUUGGUACAGCGGCAGCCUACCCUCGAGCCUGCCAGGCUCUCGGUGCCAUGUUGUCCAAGGGAGCCCUGAAUCCUGCUGAUAUAACAGUUCUGUUCAAGAUGUUUAGCAGCAUGGACCCUCCUCCUGUCGAACUGAUCAGAGUGCCGGCCUUUCUAGACCUGUUUAUGCAGUCGCUUUUCAAGCCUGGAUCGAAGAUCAACCAAGACCAUAAACACAAAUACAUCCACAUCUUGGCCUAUGCUGCCAGUGUGGUGGAGACCUGGAAAAAGAACAAGCGAGUCAACAUUAAUAAAGAUGAGCUGAAGUCAACCUCCAAGGCUAUUGAGACCGUGCACAACCUGUGCUGCAAUGAGAACAAAGGAGCCACAGAGCUGAUCGCUGAGCUCGGCACUUUGUACCAGUGCAUCAGGUUUCCAGUGGUUGCUAUGGGAGUUCUGAAGUGGGUGGACUGGACGGUGUCCGAGCCGCGGUACUUCCAGCUGCAGACAGACCACACUCCCGUCCAUUUAGCUUUACUGGAUGAGAUCUGUACGUGUCACCAGCUGCUGCACCCGCAGGUCCUCCAGCUGCUUAUCAAGCUCUUUGAGACUGAGCACUCUCAGCUGGACGUCAUGGAGCAGUUGGAGUUGAAGAAGACUCUGCUGGACCGAAUGGUUCACCUGCUGAGCCGUGGCUACGUCCUGCCCGUCGUCAGCUAUAUGCGCAAAUGUCUGGAGAAACUCAACACAGAUAUCUCCCUCAUUAGAUAUUUUGUCACUGAGGUGCUGGAUGUGAUCGCGCCUCCCUAUACGUCGGACUUUGUUCAACUCUUCUUGCCGAUCCUUGAGAACGACAGCAUCGCAGGAACGAUCCGCACGGAGGGAGAACACGACGCUGUUGCUGAGUUUAUCGCCCACUGUAAGUCAAACUUCAUCAUGAUCAACUGAUGUGGAAUUGACAUCCAAAAUGGGAGACGUAAAGGAGGUGGAAGAUCUGUUAUCUGAUAAGCAGGUGCUGUGCUUGCAGCUGAAGCACAUGAAAAGGUGGACUUUUCAGUUUGGCAAAGUGAAGUGGAAAUUAGUUUCUGUUAAGGAAACAUGAAAGCAGCUGUGACUGUCGCUGAGCUGGCAGAGUGGUGUAAAAGUAAUGACACAGAUUUAUCUGAAGAUGCAGCUGAAUGUUCCUUUUUUUUUUUUUUUUACCUGUAUAUUUGAUUUUCUAUAUUUUAUGUUGGUCGGAGCUCUUUUAAAAUAAACUUUUAAAAUGUU